GGGGUCAGCGUUGGUUUUCAAGAUGGUGGCCCUCAAUGUGCUGGUGUCCGGCUGCGGACGGCUGCUCAGAGGGCUCCUGGCAGGCCAGGCCGCGACCAGCCGGGCCCGGCCUCCAGCUCGCGGUUUCAGGGAAGUGGUGGAGAUCCAAGGAGGGAAGACAACUAUAAUUGAAGGCCGAAUCACAGGGACGCCCAAGGAAAGUCCAAAUCCCCCCAACCCCUCCGGCCAGUGCCCCAUCUGCCGCUGGAACCUGAAAUACAAGUAUACCUACGAGGAUGUUCUGCUGCUCAGUCAGUUCAUCCGGCCACACGGAGGCAUGCUGCCCCGAAGGGUCACAGGCCUGUGCCAGGAAGAGCACCGCAAGAUUGAGGAGUGUGUGAAGAUGGCCCACCGAGCAGGUCUGCUCCCAAAUCACAGGCCUAAGCUUCCCGAAGGAUUUGUUCCAAAGAGCAAACCCCGACUCAACAGGUACCUGACCCGCUGGUCUCCCCGCUCCGUCAAGCCCAUCUACAACAAAGGCCACCGCUGGAACAAGGUGCGCAUGGCCGUGGGGUCCCCCCUCCUGAAGGACAACAUCUCCUACACGGGCAGGCCUCUGGUGCUGUAUCACUGACUGAGAGCAGGGCCUCCCGAGAGCUGGCCUUGAGCUCAUCCUGCACUCCAGCCCCAUCCCACCAGGGUGGCCCGGCUCCUCCAACGUGGAUGGCACGAGGGCUAGCAGGUCCAACACCAGUGCCCUGGGCCUGCCCCGCCACAGAGCUGGGCUCUGGGUGCAGGUGGGGCAGUCGAGUCCCCAGGCAGCUGCUGUGGUCUCGUGAUUGGCCUGGGCUCAUUGCUGGUGGACAGGAGCUUUGCCCACAGGAAUGUUAUAAACCAGGCUUGUACUCAC